AUGGACAGCCCGUUCUUCAGGAGCCGCUGGAGCUCGCCGCCCCAGCCCCAGCCCCGGCCUCGCCACUACUCCCCGCCGACCGCCGCAGCCCCCGCCCCGAUCCGCCGCCCCGCGGCCCCGAAGGUGGUCUCGAUCCCCGUCCACUUCGUCGGAUCGGAGCGGCGCCGGUCCGAGUCGGCGCGCCGGAUCCAGAGCGCGUUCCGGGGGUUCCUCGUGCGGAGGAGCGUGCGGAGGAUCGCGGCGGUGAGGAGGGAGGUCGACGAGGUGGAGCGGAGGAUCGCGACCCCGGAGGCGGCGGAGCUGAUGCGGCGGGACGAGAGGGAGAGGCUGAAGGUGAGCGAGACGCUGAUGAGCCUGCUGCUUAGGCUGGACUCGGUGCCGGGCGUUGAUGCCGGGGUGAGGGAGUGCAGGAAGGCGGUGAUCAGGAGAGCGAUCGCGCUGCAGGAGAGGGUGGACGCGAUCGUCGCCGGGCGGGACGGGGGACCCGACGGCGGCGAUCCUGCGAAGGAGGCAGAUGCUGUCGAAGGUGGCGAUGCGGCGGAGAGAGAGUCUGUUGAGGCCGACGAUCCUAGCUCUGGUGUCGUGCCUCCGUCGAGCACAACCGAGGCCGUCACGGCGCGAUUAGGAGGAGAAAGUGAACCGAAAAUGGCGGAUGCGGAGCACUCGGUGGAUGCAGGUAGCGAGAGUUACCAAGCAGAGGAGACUCCAGCGGAGCAUGAGGUGAGUGCGGCGCCAGAGGCUGACGUGGCGGCGAUGCCGGAGGGGGAGCUUUCUGUUGAAGCUGAUGCGGCGAUGGAACAGCCGGCGGCCGACGAAGUAGAUACAGAAGCAGGCGAGCCAGAGAUUAAGACGCACGCGAACGAAGAUGAGAUCACAGCGGACAAUUACACUGUUCAAUCGACGUGCGAGCAAGAGGAAGAUGCCGCGGCCGCCGGAACGGAAAGCUCGGCCGAUUCCUCCGCCAAUUCUCAGAGUCCGAUCGGGGGAAUUGACGAGAACGCGUCGCCAAAAGAAGACGCCACCGCGGUGGAGUCGCAGAAGCCCGACGAAGACGAAGACAGCGGAGGAGGCCGCUGCGGGAGCGAGGGAAAGGGCAACAGGUGGAGCAAGGAGCUGCUGGAGAAGAUGGUGGAGGACAACGAGAAGAUGAUGCGGCUGAUGGCGGAACUCUUCGAGAGGAACGAGCGGCAGACACGGUUGCUGAGCUCGCUGUCGCAGAGGGUGGGGCAGCUGGAGAGGGCCUUCGUGUGCGAGAAGCUGAGGAGGAAGAAGAGGAGGCAGGCCGCCGGCCGGGGCGGCGACGCGACGGACUGCUCGGCCACGUCGCCGGACCCGAAGAAAUGCGGAAAGAGAUGA